GCAUGAAACUGCUAGUGUUGUUACUGUGACAAGAACAAUAGCCAGAGGCUGAAUGUCAGACUAUUUCUGGCUGUCCAUUACUUUACAGACACAGCAGUUACUCCAAUCUGCUGCACCACAUUCAUUGACCAACUCUCUGGAUAAAUAAGGUGUUGGUUUUCUGUUAAAUGUUUCACUGAUGAGGUUAACGCUAACCAAGGGAUUUAAAUUCUCCCAUUUCUAACAAGGCAUAAAAGACAAGGAAACAAAAUGCUUGAAUCCAUUCGCAUAACUGAAAAGCUUUAUUGGCUGAAGGAAGAACAUUCCAGGAAAUCAGUGUUAAGUAUGAAUGAAAAGAAAGUCCUUGAUACUGGGCAAAAUGUGCAAGAAAUGGCUGCCAGUGUUUUGAGGGACACAUUCAUAACCGGUACAAGUAACUAUAAUGUAUUAAUUCAGGGCACAAAAGAGGAGAAAAGGCAGAUAUCUCCAAAGAAAUCAAUUUUGGGCCAGAACAAAAAGAGCAGCAGGAAGACAAACAAGACUUCCAAUUCAUCACGCAGUAAGAAACACAAAAAAAUCAGAGUUCCCUCACCAAACUGUUUUUGUGCCAAAAGAAAUCUAUCGGGUUUUAUCUCCAAUGCUAAAGACUCCAGUAUUAAAUACUCACAGAGUAUCUCAGUUUCAGGGAGCAUUGUAAGGCUUACAAACAGACCCAAAAUAAAAUCCAAGAGGAGACAUUACUUGUCCAGUUUGAUUGAGGGGAAAGAAUCCAGAGUGAUGAAAACUCCAAUAAAGGAAGACCUCUCGGGGAAGAAGUUUUGCAUACUGAAUGCCAUAAAGCCUUCAAACGUGGAGAAAGAGAAGAUGAAGUUUUUCAAGUCACAGUUUACUUACAACCCUCAGUUUGAAUAUGCUAACCCUGCUCUGCCAAGUGUCUUAGCCAAGCACAGCCAUGCUUCUGAUAGAUUUCUUCAACAGGCCAUUAAUAUUAUGGAGAAGGCAAUAGAGAAAUAUGGAAAUUAUGAGAGAUUUGAGCAAGCUACAGGAGGCAGUCUUCUCCCAAAGAGUCGUAUAUAUCAUCAGGUGCGGAAAUACAUGGAGAAAGAAGGUUGCCAAGGCGAGAUUGUUGUUCAUCUCACUGAAGAUUUGCUUUCUCGGGCAUCUAUGACAUUCGUGAAUGGGCGCCCAACAUUGACAAUCAAUGUCUCUGCAGCAAGAGAACAGUGGCUGGAAGGGAUACUGAGACAUGAGAUAGGAACUCAUUAUUUUCGAGGAAUGAAUAACAUUCGGCAACUGUGGAAUAACAGCAGUGGACGUAAGAAGUAUGGAUUGAAACCAGUAAACCCAACAGAAGAAGGACUUGCAAGUAUACACAGUGUCUUGUUUCGCAAGGAUCCCUAUUUGUGGCGGGCUGCUCUUCUCUACUAUACCGUCUACCAGGCAAGCUGUAUGUCCUUCAGUGAACUCUUUCAAGAGUUGAGAAAAUUUGUCAAAGACCCAAACACCAGGUGGGAUUAUUGUGUACGAGCCAAGAGGGGCUGGACUGACACAUCCCAGCCAGGUUGCUUCAGCAAGGAUCAGGUUUACCUUGAUGGAAUUCUACAGAUCCUAAGGCAUAGGCAUUCUAUAGAUUUCCAACUUCUAACAUCAAUGGGAAAGGUUUCUUAUGAAGACAUAGAACGUCUUAAAAGUCUUGCCGUGCUUGAAAAUGCAAGGAUUCCACAGUUUCUCCAGGACAGGAACCGUUACAUUGAGUACCUAGAAAAGAUAAUGAAGGUGAACGAACUAUCUGAUACAACGCUUAAAACACUCAUUGACUGAGCAGUGAGCAACAAAUUGUAUUUUUUAAACCAUACCUUCCUUGGUCACACUGAAGAACAACCAUGAGCGAUGGGAGAACAGUCAAACAGUUUUUUCUUAGAGGACUGAAAAAAAUAAACAAAACAAAAUACUAUUCCAGCAAAUUAUGAAAUGCACACAUGGGAAAAAGAGCCAGCUUUUGAGCUAAUGUAAAUUAUGGUGCUUCUUGUUUCCUUACAUGUAUUAAAUCUUUGUGUUACUGGACCUAGGGGUGCACUAACGAGAGCAAUAUGUUGAAAGAUGAGCUUUCAUGGAAAAAUCUCUUAAUUAAAAUUUUAAUUGUUAUUAAUAAACAAUGGCAAUAUUUCAAAAAGUUUCCAGGGACACUUUGCAGCAGAGAAUCAAAUAAACACAUAAUCGGAAUGUUUACAAUGCCCACCUAUGGGUUCUACAACUCUGUCCAAAAUAACCCAUGGAGACUCAUCCAUAGGAGCACUUGGGGCAGUGUUCCAAAAGAUAAUAAUUGUGAAUACAAAAAC